AUGGCAUUUCUAUCUGGUGCUGUAGUUGCUAUUGGAACUGCCAGAAUUGGAACAGGUACCGCUAUGGGAGGCUCUAUAGGAGCUGCUGUCGCUGUUCUUGGAUUGAUUGCCGCAGCGUUGAUCGCUAGUGUUCUCGCCUUGUGCUUGGCUCCUAUAAUUCGAGAACUGUUGACGAAUAAUUCGGUAGCAAUACGUGAAUUGGUCAAUUUAAUAAGUGCAUAUGUGAUGCCAGACUUCCAAGACAUACUUUCCAACGCCCAAUCCGAACAAGAAUUAGAUGCCACUCUCAACUAUCUUCGGCGAACUGCUGCGCAAACAAUUUGUUGUGUAUUUCUCGAAUCGGCGCGACCGGAUAUGAUGCUACGUGAUUCCUAUGCUAUCCGGGCUGCUGUUACUAGACAUGACAAUCGAAUCCGCCAAGCAGAGAUACUUAUUGCUCAUUUGUCGCAGGCUACGAACGGUAUAACUACGAUCAGCACUGACGAGGAUGAACAAAGAGCACGAGCAAUUCUUACAGAUGCAUUCAUUGAUCAAGUAUUUCCUCAGUACUUAACUAAGUUGGACAUUCUUGCCCGAAACAAUAUAAUGGCGGAUCAAGGUGAUCAUGACAAGGCUAUUUGGUAUUACAAAAAAGCACUUGAAAUCUACCAAAAAACUCUUCCUCCAAAUCAUUCUAAAUUCGCUACUUCCUACAACAACAUCGCUUCGGUGUAUGUGAACAUGGGAGAGUACUCGGAAGCACUUUCGUUUUAUGACAAAGCACUUAAAAUUCUACAGAAAGCUCUUCCUCCAAAUUAUCCUGGUAUGGCUACUUCCUACAACAACAUCGCUUCGGUGUAUGUCAACAUGGGUGAGUACUUGGAAGCAGUUUCGCUUUACGAAAAAGCACUUGACAUUCGACAAAAAACUCUUCCUCCAAAUCAUCCUUCGUUGGCUACUUCCUAUAACAACAUCGCUUCGGUGUAUGACAACAUAGGACAGUACUCGAAAGCACGUUCGUUUUACGAAAAAGCACUUGAAAUUCGACAAAAAAGUCUUCCUCCAAAUCAUCCUGAUUUCGCUGCUUCCUAUAACAACAUCGCUUUUGUGUAUGUGAACAUUGGAGAGUACUCGAAAGCACUUUCGUUUUACGAAAAAGCACGUGAAAUCUUCGAAAAAACUCUUCCUCCAAAUCAUCCUGAUUUGGCUACUUCCUACAACAACAUCGCUUCGAUGUAUGCCAACAUGGGUGAGUACUUGGAAGCAGUUUCGUUUUACGAAAAAGCACUUGAAAUUCGGCAAAAAACUCUUCCUCCAAAUCAUCCUUUGUUGGCUACUUCCUAUAACAACAUCGCUUCGGUGUAUGACAACAUAGGACAGUACUCGAAAGCACUUUCGUUUUACGAAAAAACACGUGAAAUCUUCGAAAAAACUCUUCCUCCAAAUCAUCCUUCGUUGGCUACUUCCUACAACAACAUCGCUUCGGUGUAUAUGGACAUGGGACAGUACUCGAAAGCACUUUUGUUUAACGAAAGAGCACUUGAAAUUCGACAAAAAAGUCUCCCUCCAAAUCAUCCUGAUUCAGCUACUUCCUACAACAACAUCGCUACGGUAUAUAUAAACAUGGGACAGUACUCGAAAGCACUCUUGUUUUACGAAAGAGCACUUGAAAUCUAUCAAAAAACUCUGCCUCCAAAUCAUCCAUUGUUCGCUACUUCCUACAACAACAUCGCUUCGGUGUAUGCCAAUAUUGAAGAGUACUCGAAAGCACUUUCGUUUCACGAAAAAACACGUGAAAUCUUCGAAAAAACUCUCCCUCCAAAUCAUCCUUCGUUGGCUACUUCCUACAACAACAUCGCUUCGGUGUAUGACAAUAUGGGACAGUACUCGAAAGCACUUUCAUUUUACGAAAAAGCACUUGAAAUUCAACAAAAAACUCUUCCUCCAAAUUAUCCUAAUUUAUUUGGAUUCAUUCGAGAACUAUAUCAAACAGGAAAUAUUAGCGAAACUGUUGAUAUAGAUGAAAUCAAGAAACAUUAUUAUCAAUCACAUGUACAUAUCAACCCAACACGUAUUAUACCUCAAGGUCCUGAAAUAGAUUACAGUCAACCUCAUCAACGUGAUAUUCAAAAAUAUGAACAAUAA